GCAGAAACUUGAUUUCUUACUUAUAGUAUAAUAAUCAAUGAUCUAAGUUACUAAACGGAUUCCGUUACCGUUGAAGUCUCUAUCACUCUUUUCGUAUUAGUCGGAGACGAGAGUCGUACUUUUAUAUCCAAUAACGUGAAUUAAUAUAAUUAUUGUAUAAAAAUUGUUAUUAAUUGGUAGUGGAUGCAAGUGAAGUGAUAGAUACAAAAUGUGGCCCUCAAUAUUGGAUGUAGCUAAAAUGAAUCCAUUUGGGACACCGUUCGUGACAACUACAUGUCAAAGACAAAAUGAACUAACACAAGCAUUGGUUAAGAAUCGUCACAUUGCCGCUGCCUCUGUCGCAUCAGGCGAUAGCUGUGAAUUUGGAUCAAAUAAGUAUUUCAUGCUAUGUGGUUUGGGAGGUAUUUUGUCAUGUGGUAUUACCCAUACAUUGGUUACUCCCUUGGAUUUAGUAAAAUGUCGUAUUCAAGUAAACCCUGCAAAAUACAAAUCAGUUUUUAAUGGAUUUCGAGUAACUUUAGCGGAAGAUGGAACUCGAGGUUUGGUUAAAGGAUGGGCUCCAACAUUUUUUGGUUAUUCUAUCCAAGGAAUGUUUAAAUUUGGACUUUAUGAAAUUUUUAAAGUAUAUUAUUCGGCUCUUGCUGGAGAAGAAAUGGCAUAUGAAUUUAGGACAUCUUUGUAUUUAAUUUCUUCAGCAACUGCAGAAUUUUUUGCUGAUAUUGGUUUAGCUCCUCUUGAAGCUGCUAAAGUUAAAAUUCAAACUACACCAGGAUUUGCAAAUACUUUGAGAGAAGCUAUGCCAAAGAUAUAUGCAGAAGAAGGUAUUACUGGGUUCUACAAAGGACUUGUACCUUUAUGGCUUCGUCAAGUUCCAUAUACAAUGAUGAAGUUCGCUUGUUUUGAACGUACACUUGAACUUUUAUACAAAUAUGUAGUUCCUAAACCAAGGCAAGAAUGUUCAAAAGGUGAACAAUUGGUUGUUACCUUUGCUGCAGGAUAUAUUGCCGGUGUAUUUUGUGCAAUUGUAUCUCAUCCUGCUGAUUCUGUUGUAUCAAAAUUGAAUCAAGAAAAGGGAGCAUCAGCCAUUGAUGUUUUAAGGAAACUUGGUUUUGGUGGAGUAUGGAAAGGUCUUGGUCCUCGAAUUGUUAUGAUUGGUACAUUAACAGGAGCACAAUGGUUUAUUUACGAUGCAGUAAAAGUAUGGCUUCGUAUGCCCCGCCCACCUCCACCAGAAAUGCCAGAAUCUCUCAAGAAAAAAUAUGGACUAGCUUAAUUAUCAUCAAUAGCAUCAAUAUUUUUAAUUGAAUCAAUUACAGUUAGAGAAAAAGAACAUAGAUAAAUUACAUUAUUUCUUCAGUACAUUGUCGAACAAUGUUCUAUUAUACAUGUCAAGUAUUUAUUUGUAAUACUGAUAUCAGUGCAGGUCAUCACUGCCUAUAAAUUAGAUACAAUAAUGUGCUAUAAAUCAUAGUAAUUUGCCUAUCAAUACUGAGAUUAUAAAAAAGAUGGCACAUUUAUAAAAAUCCGAUACAGUGACAGUAAGUUACCUAUUGUAACCAAAAACUGUUACUUUGUAUAUAGAGCGAUCACAUAAAUAAAUGAUUCGUGAUUGCUCAAUUAA